ACCCUCGGUUGAUUUAUACAAAAAUGUCAAAUUUAUUAGUGACCAUUUCGUAAAUUGGAAAAUCGAAAAUAUACUCUAUUUAUUUGAAACUGCAGACAAACGUUGCCAUUUUGCAAAUGACUCCAAUUGCAAUAGGGCGUAUACUAUACGGAGGCUCACGCUUCAGCCGCAAGCUUAUAAAUACAUCCCGGACGCUAACAUCUGGCUUAUGGCAUACCAUGAUAAAUACUGUCAUGUUUAAGACCCAGGCGGGCAUUAAUAGCAAAGACAAACCAGCGUCGAGUAUACCCUAUUGCAGUAUUUAUACCAGUUAUUUUGAUCGCCCAUAUCGGGUGUAUUUCGUUAGUCGUCGCUACUCGACGUGUGAGAAAGCUUCGACACAGAUACUUUCGAAACUCUUUCCACAAACAUCCAUGGAGAUGGAUGAUGAGGAGAGCCGAGAUCGGCGCAAGCGAGAGGAGGAGGAAGAACUCAAGGAAAUGGAGCGCGCCUGGAAGCGUAUGAAAAUUGGAUUUGCCUUUUUUGGCAUUGGAGGCGUACUCCUUUCAUUUUGGGCUAUCUACUUCUUUGGCAAGCCGUCGCUCGAUGAGCAGGGUAACGAAAUAAUCGAUGAGUUCAGUACGUUACCAAUGAUGCAACAGUAUGUGGCACGUACCUUCAGGUCGCUUAAUCAUUUCCAAAGGUUCAUACAGGAACCGUCGAGCCAGAAGUUAUUGCCUGAUCCGCUCCAGGCGCCAUAUAUUCAACCACCUUACACCCUGGUACUUGAGGUCAAAGAUCUGUUAAUACAUCCCGAUUGGACCUAUCAAACGGGUUGGCGCUUCAAAAAACGUCCCGGUGUCGAUGUUUUCCUCAGGGAGUGCUCGAAAUAUUUCGAAAUCGUUGUUUACACGGCCGAGCAAGGUAUGACCGUGUUCCCAUUGCUGGAUGCCCUCGAUCCAAAUGGUUAUAUCAUGUACCGACUUGUGCGAGAUUCAACACACUUUGUGGGCGGCCACCACGUCAAGAAUCUCGAUAAUCUCAAUCGUGAUCUUAAGCGCGUGGUAGUCGUCGACUGGGAUAAGAACUCAACAAAAAUGCAUCCGGGUAAUACAUUCUCGAUAUCACGCUGGUCCGGUAACGAUGAUGAUACAACCUUAUUCGAUCUGAUAUCAUUUCUGAGUGUGCUCGGCAGCAGCGAAGUGGACGAUGUCCGUGAGGUUCUUCAAUAUUAUAAUCAAUUCAAGGAACCCAUUGCCCAGUUUCGGGAGAAUCAACGCAAGCUAUCCGAGCAAAUGCAGGCGGAUGAGAUCGAGAAACAAAAUAAACCGAAGCCCAUGGUUAAGAACUGGUCGCGUGGCUUUAUGAAGCAUUAACAAAAAAAAAUAUAUAUCUGCAAAGUCCUUUUCUCUGUGACUUUUCAUGUUCACAUUAACGUUCCUUUUGCAUUGUUGUAAUUAAACAAAAAAUUUCUUAAAAUAAUGUACGUAA